ACUCCGCCAAGGACAAGCAGGACGGGACACAAUGCACUGCCAAGCCGAGUUAAGACCUGCCAACGCCGGGCAACUCAAAGCAGCCAGACGUCGGUACAAGACUUUCAUGAUUGAUGAAAUUCUUUCCAAGGAAACUUGUGAUUACUUCGAGAAACUUUCUCUUUACUCGGUGUGCCCUUCUCUGCUAGUACGACCAAAACCGCUGCACACGUGCUCUGGCCCUUCGUCACUCAGGGCAUACCCCCUACUGUCCGUCAUCACCCGCCAGCCUCCGGGCAGCGUGCCCCAGCUCGCUGAGGCCUCUCCGCCUGGCCGGGUCACCCAUUUACCCCUGCUGUCGCCCCAGCACCCAGGGGCCGGAGAGCCGGUGACCAGCGAGACUCCCGUCAGCAUCAGCAGCGAGUCAGAGGCGGAGCUUAGUGGGCCCCGCCCAAAGAAGCCCCGCCGCAGUCGCACAAUCUUCACCGAGCUGCAGCUCAUGGGUCUGGAGAAGAAGUUUCAGAAGCAGAAGUAUCUUUCCACGCCAGACAGAUUGGACCUGGCUCAGUCUCUGGGACUCACUCAGCUCCAAGUCAAGACCUGGUAUCAGAACAGACGCAUGAAAUGGAAGAAAAUGGUGCUGAAAGGAGGGCAUGAGGCCCCCACCAAACCCAAAGGCCGGCCCAAGAAGAACUCCAUCCCCACCACGGAGGAGAUCGAGGCAGAGGAGCGGCGACUGGCACAGUUGGCUGCAGAGGAGAGGCAGCGCAUGGAGGUGCGGGCGGAGGCCCGGACACAGCUACAAACCCAUGGGGAAGCCUUCCUGCCACAAUCUCAGGACCUGAGCACCAGUAGCAGACUGAGCGAGCCUCUUCUGGCCCUGUCCCUGGAGACUCCAGGCCAGGACCAGGCCCUGCAGUUAACGCCAGACGCCGUGACAGCGAGCUAAACCUGCUUCGUGUCCGUCAUGCCGCUCUCCCGCGCAGCCUAGGACUGAGAGUGUACAAAAGCACUUAGUGCCUCUGAUCAGCGAAGCACCAAAGACAUGAAUGGGGUGAGGCCGACGCCCCUUCCGAGCCGAUUGGACUAAAACACAGUCAGUUAACUCUGCUUGACAUGCUUCGGUUACCUUUCUGACAUCAGUAUUUUAUGAUCGGCAGGGUACAGCCAAACGCACAAAAUCGCAUCACACAGGCAGUUGCACGUUACUCUGUCACAAGUGCAUCAUGUUCUAAAUGGGGAAACCAUACGUGUUUUUUUUUGUUUUUUUUCCUGAAUGAUUUCUUCUUACAUCAUAACAACAUCCCAGAUCAUUGCUUCUGUCGAAUGUGGUCCAUAUGUUUACUGCAGCACUGUGCUCUCUGCCAAAGAUAAUAUAACUUAAAUACUAAAAUGCCCUUAGAGUGCCUUUUCUUCUUUAACAGCGUACCCCAGUAAAUGCCAAACAUGAGACAAGUAUUGAACCCAGGGGUAUAUGUACAGUCUUUUAUAUAUCCACAAAUAUGACUUUGUAAGCAAGCUUGCCAAUCAUGGGCAAAAACAGAGCUCUGUUUAGGACUUAAAUGGAAAAUUGGUAAAAAGCAGCUAUUUUGUAAACUUUCUAAAUUUUCUGUAUAGUGGAGCUAAUAUGCCUGUUGUCGUCUGUAAUUUUUAACGGAUCGUCUGAAGAGCUUAUUUCCGUUUUUUGUAGUGUGUGACAGCUUUCCGUAUCAUCAUAUCCGAAUAUCUGAGUCUUGGAAUCUCUAUGUAUUAGGCCUGCUUGCGUAUAGUCGAGCUUAAUUUAAAAUCUUUCAAACCCUUUCGCAGCGACAUAGUCCAAGAGGGAAAAGUACAUAUUGUGAGGAACUAUCUUAUCUGAUACGUAAAGUGUUUUUUUUUUUCUUAUGUCUGGGAAUGAACGCAUGCUCAGUCCUCCCUCUAAAGUGUUGUUGAGCUGAAGCAGGCAGCCCGGAAGCAUCGGAAUCUGUCAGCGACGUGGGGGAAUAUAGUAAAUCACUGUCGAUGACGGUAAAAAAAAACAGAGGAGAAGCUGCCGGAGACGCCGCAGACGCAUGCAGACGCACGCCUCCAGCCAGCUGCGCUAACCGUCGGCACAACCGGAGCUGUUUGCGCCUUUGCUCCACGUCGCAUGCUACGCGCAAUCCUCGUGGCCACGUCUAUGUA